AUGGAGACGCACGCGCGCCUGGAGAGCCGGGCGUCGAGGUGUCGCACGUCGGGCGGCAUGCUGCCCCGUGUCGGGCCCCCAGAGGCCCUCGCGGCGCGCAGGGGAGGAGAGCACCUCGUGCUGUGGCCGCGGGAGUCGAAGGGCAGGGCCCCCCGCGCUCUCCCCGGGUGGGGCGAGCAGCGCUCCCAGCAGCGAGAGAGGUGUUGGCCUCCCCCCCUCGGCACGGUGGCCCCCGGCGGCAACCGGGGGCUCUCCUCUCCGCAGGCCCGGGGGCUCCGCUCCACAGGCGGCGUUCCGUUUCAGUUUGGCCAUUUUGGCUCAAGCCGUGAUUGCCCACGCCAUCCUGUACUCUGA